AUGGAUUCAAUUAAAGGUGUUCUUAGUGGAGAAGAUGGUAAAAUUUAUACUGAAUAUGGCGUUAUAGAUCCUAGAACUGGAAACAUUCAAGUCACGGAUCCAAAUUCUGGAAAGCAAGAAAAUAAACAAGCGCAGGUUGAUACAAAAACCGAUGAUGAUAAAGUCCACACGGAAUUUGGAGUUAUUGAUCCCAGUACUGGACAAAUCACUAUAACAGACCCGGUCACUGGUAAACAAGAAAUUAAGAAGGCUUCAGUUGAUCCUAAAACAGGUAACUUAUUAUUAACAGCUGGAGUUAUUGACCCAAAUACUAAGCAAGUUGAUCCUUCUCUUGGCCAACAGUUCACUGUUAUGAGUAAACCUAAAGACACUUUCGCAUCUGUGCCUGGCAAAGAAGUACAAAUAGUUGUUAUUACGAGUCAUUUAAUUCUUACUGGAAAUAUUGUCGAUCCAAAAACUGGAAAAGUUGACACUUCCCUUGCACAACAGUUCAGUGUUGUCGAUAAAGAUAUUAAACCCGUAGAGAGGGAAAUUCAUUUAGUUAUAAUAACGACAAAGUAUGAUCCUCGCACUAAAAAGAUCGAUGCAAGUCAAGCUUACGUUGAUACAAUAAGUGGUACUUUAGGGAUGGACGGUAAAAUCCGCACUGAACUAGGUAUCAUUGAUCCAUCAAAUGGAGAAAUCGUUCUUAAAGAUCCGCAGUCAGGUCAGAAACAAACUAAAAAUGGAACAGUUUUGUCUGAAACUGGACAAAUCUUUAUAAACUCUGGUGCUAUAGAUCCAAAAACUGGUAAGAUUGACCCUAACAUGGGAAUGAUAUUAAGUGUUGCUAAACAAGAUGAUCCAGUUGUAGAUAUAACUGCAAUCACAGGUCCUAUAGAUCAAAAAACGGGUAAGGUUCUGUUGGAUGAAAGUUCUGUUGAACACACAAAAGGAAAAGUUGAUGCAGAAACAGGCAAUAUUCAAACAAAAUAUGGUGUUAUUAAUCCUUCUAAUGGAGUUAUAUUUGUUUCCGAUGCGUCUGGAUCGCAAGCAAAGCCAAUUAGCAUAGAUGAAAACAAUGGGCAGAUAACAAUAAGAGGAGUCGUUGAUCCUAAAACUGGAAAAAUUGAUCCAAAUGUGGGCCAAUUGCUUGUUGUUGGAAGUCAUAUUGAUCCAGUUGUCGAAGUUACGUCAUUUGUUGGCAAAGUGGACUCCAAGAAAGGUAUUAUUGAACCUAAGAAUUCUGUUAUCGAAAGCACAACUGGGCAACUUAAUCCUGAUAAUAAUAUAAUCGACACUAAGUAUGGACAAAUUGACCUUGUAAAAGGUACUGUUACAUAUAAUGAUCCUAAGACAGCAUCUCAAGUAGAUCCUGGACGGCCACAACUCACCACGAUCUCGAUACCAAGGCCAAGACACAGCAGAUGGAGGAGAAGACCCCAGGAGCAACGCGUCGUGACGCAGGAGGUCAAGACUACCGUUACCACUGGCGACCAGCUAACACGACACGGGUCCGAAUCAUCGCUGAGUAGCGGGGACUCCGGCACUCCGAUCGACUUCGACGGCGGGGAGGGACACUACUACGUCACGGAGCCGGGCGCUUACCGAACCACGAGCACAUCGACAGUGACGGCCAACGCACCUUUCGGCAACAUGGUGCACGGUGCGACCACCCGGAGCAGUGUGGCUCCGCAGAGUGUGACUGUGACGGAGAUGGCCGAGGAGGGGGAGGCGGGAGAGGAGGGGGAGACGGGAGCCGCAGGGGAAGUGGUCUCCUCGCAGACCAUCAGCUCCAAGACGCGCACCGUCGAGACCAUUACCUACAAGACGGAGCGUAACGGUGUGGUGGAGACCCGCGUGGAACAGAAGAUCACGAUCCAGUCGGACGGCGACCCCAUCGAUCACGACAGAGCACUCGCUGAGGCCAUACAGGAAGCAACCGCGAUGAACCCCGACAUGACGGUUGAAAAAAUCGAAAUCCAACAACAGAGCACGCAGCCCUAAACAGCCGCCAUCUUGCUUACAUGACAUCACAAAAUGGCGGCCAAGCAUGGGCUUCAUAUAACGCGGCUCAUGUAUGUAAAUUAUGUUUACGUACUAUCUAGUUGUUAAGAUACAUCACUGCGAAUAUUAUGUAAUAAGUUAUUUAAUUGUAAUCGUUUAUCAUUAAUAGUGUUUUUGUACGGCGUCCGAUUGUAGAAUCGCAUUUAUCUUUUGUGUUUUACAACAGAACUACUAAGUUAGGUACAACAUCUGUAAUUUUUCAAACGAUUUUUCGUUAUAUGUAUUACUAAAUAAAGAAUAAAAGUUCUUGUUAAAUCAUUUAUAGUUGAAGAAUGCACAAUUACGCCUCCGUAUAAUAUGACUUUAAAAUUUUCCGAUCGGACGUUGGCAUUGAUGUUGUGUCGGACGCACUUAUAGACACGAGUUGUAUAAAAUAUAGUAAGGUACAUUGCAGCAUUUUUACUUUUUUUUUUAAAUAAGACUUAGAUUAGGGAUUGACGGAACCUGGGCUUUUUGCAGUACGGAAUGUUGCCAUAGUUUUUGAUUCAUUAAAAAUCAUCUCGAUGUAGCUUUAAAUGUGUCACACGUUUGAACCACCGUUUAGUGAUAAUUAUUUGAGCAGCGUUGCGGGGACUUUAAGUGAUCCGGCUGAAUGAAACCUCUUUGUAGUACCAUGACAUUUCGAAAGUGACAGAUGUUGUGGCGGUAAGAAACACAGUCGCGAGCUAAAGUGUUAAUAAGUAAUAUAUUUAUGACACGUUGCUAUUACUGUUUCUCUAUAUUCACCAUUCAGGUGCUAUUUCUAGGUGUUAGUUGUAAUUAUUGUGUGUUAGUACCGGUUCAUGGAAAUUGGGAUGCUUUUGCAUUGGGAGUAAUAAUAUUUACAUUGGCAUGUACCAGCUUACUAUGGCGAUAAAAAAUAAUUAAAAUAUUUGAGUAUAUAUUACCACCUGUAUAGGUAGAAUAUUGAAUGUAGCUGGUACAAACAUAAGACUGAUGCCAAAAAUGAUAUUAAUCUAUUUACACAAUGUUUUACUCCUAAAGUGCUUAACCGUUUGUCUUUCUAUAUAAUAAGCACAAAUAUGACCAAUGCAAGUUUUUGUUAUGUUUAGUUUUUUCAAAGCAUCACUUAUAAUGUAUUUUCACACACUCAACUUUUAUAUAAGUAUUGAACACAAGCGUUGGUAAUGUGUGUGUGGAAGAGCAGAUAACUGUAACAGGACAUUCCAGUGGACAGAAUUACAAUCUAGAACUAGAGUUGUUUAAUCUGUGGGAAAUAUUUGUUUGGUUAAUACAAAAUCACAUAACUCUAGAUUACAUUUCAGCAUAUUAAUAAGUUCUUUUUGACAGAAUUGACUCGUUAAGUUUUAUUGAAGUCUCAUUCUGUUACCAUGUUAUGAUACUAAUUAAAUGGGUGGGACGCAGUUUGAACAACUCUAAGCCAUUUAACUGCAGUAUAGACACCUCAGUCUUGCAUUGCUUUUGAAAUGAGGCAAACACCAUUAGAGAUAGACUGAGAGUGUUUAAUCUGUGAAUUUUAUAAUUUGUCCAAUAAUAUAUCGGUACACGCUAGAUUACAUUUUUUCUAUUAAUAUUAAGUCUACGAUGUUACGCUGAUUUUGAAUCAGUUUUUUUUUAUAUUUUGACAUUUUAUUGUUUAUGUGGCCGCAUCGCGGGGAGUGUUGCCAUAAUUAUUUAGAUGGCGGCCCCGUGGUGUGGCCAAAUUUGUACAGUUGGCGGGAAACGAGAAACGUAAUGUCGCAUAAAUGAUAAUUUAAUAACGUCUAUUGGACACUUACUAUUAUUUGUGUAUCCCAACAGUUUGCUACUCAAUAAGUUUAAUUUCAAGUAAAAUAAGUGCUGCUUCAUAUAACAACAGUAUAUACAUCACGAAAUAUAAAUGAUUAUAUAUUAGUUGUUUGGAAUAAUUAAACUUUUCUCGUCGACUGUACAAUACUUCAACUUGUGUUGUCCUUUAUAUUUAUUGAAGAUGUUUAUUUUUGUAAGAGUCCCGGCUUCGUGUAAUUUUUAUAUUGAGAUGAAGUAAUAUAAUAAAUACAAUAAAUAUGCUUUGUUUUA